AUGAGCGUGACAUUCGACGUUUUCCGUGGCUCCCCCGAGGGCAAGAUCGUUGCCGACAAGGUUACCCGCACCCUAGAGCACAACGAGGUUUACAUUGAAACCACUGCAUCUGGCCUAUGUGGAACAGACGAGCAUUAUUUGAAAUCCGGUCAAGUUCUAGGUCACGAAGGGAUUGGUAUUAUCAAAGCCCUAGGUGCUAGCGUUACUUCAGUCAAAGUUGGGGACCGGGUAGGGUUUGCGUUUACUCACAGCAUCUGCGCCUCUUGCAACAACUGCGCUACUGGUUGGGAUCAAUACUGCAAAGAGCGGAAGAUAUACGGAGCCAGCGACUUCGACAAUGGGACGUUCAGCUUAGGCGCUGUGUGGGAUGCUAAUUGCGUUUACCCAAUCCCGGAAAAGCUAAGUUCUGUUGAUGCCGCACCGCUGAUGUGUGCCGGCGCCACAGUUUGGACUGUCUUGACGCGGUUUGGCAUCGAGGCUGGAGACCGGGUAGGAAUCAUGGGGGUCGGAGGACUCGGGCAUAUUGCCAUCAAGCUUGCCGCUGCAAUGGGCUACCAUGUAGUGGUCCUUUCCAGCUCGGAGUCGAAAAGGCAGGAAGCCACGGAGUACGGUGCCUCUGAGUAUCAUGUGUUUCGCUCAGGAGAGAAGCCGCAGGAUCUGAAAUCCCUGAAGCACUUGCUGCUCUGCGGAAGUGGCGGUUUGGAUUACCAAUCCCUGAUUCCCCUGAUGGAUUCGCCCAGCUCCAUCUAUCCGCUGACUGCGACGUUUGAGCCAUCUGCGAUUCCCACACUGCAGUUGUGCUUCCAAGGUAUUCGGAUUCAAGGGUCUCUAGUCGCAUCCCGUCAUAGUAUUCGCGCUCUCUUGGAAUUUGCCUCAAAGAAGAAGAUCGUUCCAACUACCCAGACCUUUCCAUUGACUGGGGAGGGUAUCGAGGAGGCGAUGCAGGUGCUCAGAGAUGGCAAGAUGCGAUAUCGCGGGGUGUUGGUUCGGGGAGAGUGA